AUGUCUUUCUCACCUUUAAAUGUUGGUAUUGUCGGUACUGGCAUCUUUGCCAGAGAUGAUCAUUUACCUGCUUAUCAAAAGAACCCUGAACAUUUCAAAGUUUCAGCUGUCUUCAAUAGAACUAGGAGUAAAGCUUUAGAGUUUGCCAAAUUGGCUGAAGUUCCUGAUGAAAAGGUUUACUCUACUGUUGAUGAAAUCAUGAAUGACCCCAAAAUCGAUUACAUUGAUGCUUUACUACCAGUUCAAUUCAAUGUUCAAACCCUUCAAAAGGCUAUUGAACACAAGAAGCCUAUUAUCAUUGAGAAACCAAUUGCAGCUACAAUGGAACAAGCUAGAGAAUUUGUUAGGAUUUCUGAAAAUACAGAUAUCCCUGUUGCAAUCGCAGAAAAUUGGUUAUGUUUAUCUUUUGUUCAAGAGGCCAAGAAACAUAUUAAGAGAAUUGGUAGAAUCGUUGGAUUUAGUCAUAAUUUCACAGGUCCAAAUUCAAAAGGUGGCAAAUAUAAGGCUACCAGUUGGAGACAACACGCAGAACAUUUAGGUGGAUCUCUAUCAGAUGGUGGUGUCCAUCAAAUUGCUAUUCUUACAGAUCUUCUUGGCGACUUUGAUUCUGUAUCUGCAUUCACAACAAAAGUUGACACCAAUGAUCAAAUGCCUGAUGCCGUGUUUGCUGUGAUCAAAUUGAAAUCUGGUGCUAUAGGGAACUAUACUUAUGGUACUCGUUUUGGUGCAACAAAGAAAACAAUCACUUUGAAAGUUUACGGCCAAGAAGGUUCUGUUCUUUUAGAAUUAAAUAAUAGAGAUGAACCUGUUAUCAGAGUUAACAUUGGAGAUAGUAAAGAAAAUGCAUCCGAAGAAGAAGUAUACACAGUGAAACAAGAUAAUACUUACGGUGUAGGUGCAGAAAUGCUAAACUUUUAUGAGGCCGUUACAAAGAAGGAUAAGAAUUUAGUUAGAGCUACUCCAAGAAUCGCAUUCCACCAUUUAGCCUGUAUUGAUGCUUUCUUAAAAUCAUCAGAUGAUAAUGGUAACAACGUAAAGGUUGAAACCAUUUAA